UCCUCCUUUUCUUAAUGAGUGCAGCCUCCCAGGCAGCCAAUCCAAAGCCGGGGUGGGCGUGGCCACGCGCUGCCCUGCUGAAUGAGCCGGAGCUCCCUGGAGGUGAAGCGCUCCAGUGUGGAAGCGCUGCGCGGAGUAAGCUCGGGCGAGCGCGGAAAGUGGCCGGCGCCGGGAUCAUCUCGCUCGCGAUCGGAAAACCCCCUCCUCUUCCUCCUCCUUUGCUUUAAGCCUCCCCCGCCACACCGUCCUAGCAGCCAAGGUCAGGGGACAACCCGAGCACACACCCACAAAACCCCCAAGAACCUCCCGCUGCUGGAAUUCACUACCUUGCUGUGGAAUUCGAGGCGGGCGUGGGGAGGAGAGGCUCCUGCAGCCAGAGCCGCCCCGCUGGAGCGCUUCCGCGUCCCCACCCAUCACAAACAAACACACACAAAAGCCCAGAGCCCUCCAUGCCCCCCACCAUGAAGACGGCGCUUCUGCUGACCUGGACGGUCUCCCUGAGUUACUUUGCAGAGCCAGGAUUGGCAGCCUAUUUCUUCCAGCAGCCCAUGGACCAGGUGAUUGUGUCUGGACAGUCAGUGACGCUGGCCUGCGUAGUUAUGGGCUACCGGGGCAUGGUUCAGUGGACCAAAGACGGGCUGGCCUUGGGGGGAGAAAGAGACCUGCCUGGCUGGUCCCGCUACUCCAUUGUCGGAGAUGCCUCCGCCGGGCAGCACAACCUCCGGAUAGACUAUGCCGAGCUGGAUGAUGAUGCUGUAUACGAAUGCCAGGCCACGCAGGCAGCUUUGCGAUCCCAGCGGGCCAAGCUCACCGUCCUCAUCCCUCCCAAUGACCCUGAGAUCCAAAAUGGCCCAAUCGUGCACGUGAUCUCCAACAUUCCCUACAACCUGUCAUGUCGUGCUGGGGGGGCCAAGCCAGCUGCUGAGAUCAGCUGGUAUCGUGACAGGCAGCGGCAGGAUUCUGCAGUGUACUCCAAGGCACUUAUGGACGAUGGCAAACGGGAGGUGGCUGUCAGCACCCUUCUCUUGACCCCCAGCAGCAGAGAUAUGGGCAGCUCCUUCACUUGCCGUGUCAGCAACCCAGCGGCCCCUGCAGGCAAGCAGACCACAGUCACCCUCAAUGUGCAAUAUCCACCAGUCGUAAUGCUGUCGGUGCAGCCACAAACCGUCCCGGAAGGUGGCAAAGUGAGCUUCCUCUGCACAGCAACCUCCAACCCUGAAGUGACAGGGUACAGGUGGGCCAAAGGAGGCGUUCCCAUUCCGGAGGCCAAUGGCGACAGCUACGAAGCGACGGUUGAUCAAUCGUUCUUCACGGAGCCCGUGUCAUGCGAGGUGUCAAAUGCUGUGGGCAGCACCAAUGUUAGCACUCUGGUGGAUGUGCAUUUCGGACCCCGCCUCAUUUCCCAGCCCAAGCCCCUGACUGUUGACGUUGGCGCUGAUGCCUCCUUCACCUGUACCUGGACUGGGAAUCCACCUCUCACCCUGGCUUGGACCAAGAAGGGAUCUAGUGUGGUGCUUAGCAAUGGAAACACUCUGCACCUUAAGGCAGUGACGCAGGAGGACGCCGGCAUCUACAUGUGCAAGGCCAUUGUGCCACGCAUUGGGGUUGCCGAGAAGGAGGUGGCGCUAGCAGUGAACGGUCCUCCCAUUAUAGUCGCAGAGCCAAGCCAGCAGACCACGGUGGGCGCCAAGGCGAGGCUGGAGUGCUUGGUAGGGAGCGUCCCACCCCCCGACAGGAUCGCCUGGGCGUGGGGUGAGCAGGUGCUGGACGCUGGUUCCCUGGAUCGCUUCACGGUGGACACAGUCGUGACGGACCAAGGGGUGCUCUCGGCUCUGCUGAUUGACCCCACCCACGAUGCCGACUUCGCCCUGCCCUACAACUGCACAGCUUGGAACCGCUUUGGCGCACGCUCUGCCGCGGUCAGCUUGCACCGACAAGCAGAGGUCCUGUCUGUCCUGAUCCUGGGGGCCUUGGCUGCCUCCGGAGUAGCUGCUCUCCUGCUCCUGGUUGUCAUCGUUUCUUUCUGCUACCGGCGUAAGCGCUGCGGGAAAGCCAAGCGGGGAACGCAGCUCUCCAAGGCGGACAUCCUGGUGCAGAUCACGACGAGCGAGAGCAGUCCCAGCCGGCCGAGUGAGACAGAAGACGACGGCAAGGAGCCCAUGUGGCCAGCCAGAUGCCUCUUGGAAGCCUCCAAGCCAAGGCAUGACGGCAACAGCCCUCCCCCGUUGUAUGUCCCAAGCGUCUGGUAUUUGCAGGCUACCAGUAGUGAGUCACCAGCUACAUCCCACACAGAGCACAGUGAGAUCCUGGAAGAUGAUGAGGGGAGCCAGGAACUGAAGGACCCCACCAACGGCUACUACAAGGUCCGCGCCCACGAGGAACCGUGCUUGGGGAGCAGCUUCUCGGAGUAUACACCAGCCCCCCGGCCUCUGUUUGGGGCGUCUUCCCUGUACCCUUCCGCUGGGCCGGUGCAGCCCAAGCUGUACGAAUAUGCUCACCGCUACACCCUGGGCACUCCCGGCUCCCGCUCGGCCUACGACCCCCACGAACGGCUUUUCCCUCAGGAAAGCAUGUACAGCGGGACUGCGUACCUCACCGCCCCCUACAGCCGGGCUUUCACCAGCUACGUCAAACCGAGUAGCUACGAAAAGGCCGAGAGUGGCUACGAGCCGUCGGACCAGGCCAGCAAGGCUUCGGGCUGUUCACGUUUCUCCUAUACCUCCUUGUCUCAGCAGUCUGACUACGGGCGCCCUGCUCACCAACGCAUGCAGACCCAUGUAUGACCCGUGCCUGGCUCCUGCCAGACUCCAAUCACCUUCAGAGGGAAAGAAAAGGGAAUGGAUGCUCCCUGUGGCUAACUGACUCAGAAUGUGGCCAGGUGGCCGGCUUGGGGUCCAACACCUGGCCUUGAGGACACACCACUCUCCUCGUCGGGGGAAGAUGGCAGGUAGCUGGCUCUGCGGCCUACCAUUGUGCCCAAGAUGGCCGACAGCCUGCUUGACAUCUUCAACCGGAGCCAGGCCUCUCUCGCUUCUGGGCUGUGAGGACUCCGAUACGGGCCUCCUUCAUGGCAGGACAUGGAAAGUGGCCCAAAGACACACCUCUGCUGAUACUGGGAAUGGACUUUUGUGACUCAAGGGCAGCCUUGGCCUAUAAGGAUCCAGAUUCAAAAUGGCGGCUGUCGCUGGUUGUCAGUCAGAAGGUACUUGCAGGAAAAGCCAUUGGGUUCAUAAUGGUGCACAAAAUGAUGCUCUAGUGUGGCCUCGGCAAUGGGACAAUAGGACCCUCAGCUGCCAAACAGAGUUGCCUGGCGGUGGCCUCCUGCCAUGAAGGCAAAGACUCCAGAUGCUACUGCAGACGCAUGAUCCUGGGAAAUCCCCUAAGCAUGGGCAUUACUGCUUGCAUUUCAGUUUUACUGGCUUGAUACUGUGGCUCAGUGAUUCUCUUUCCCCCCGCCCCAGUCCCCUUUAGCAGGGGUGCCUCUGAAUGAAUACAAAAUGCAACUAGAUCUCUCCCCACCCCACUUAAUAAAAUCUGGCUCAUUGCUUUUUAUUGAAGAGGGACCUGCAAUAAAGCAGCCUGUCCAGAGGGUGGCAGUAGCGUUCAACAUUUUACGCCACUGAGGACCUGAAAGGAGACUCCAGGAAGCUUUCUACAUAGGGCUAUUGAAGCCCUUUAAUUCGCAUCUCCUCCAGAAUGGAGCGGGUGCAUUCACAUAAUGGCUAGAUUUACCCCGAAGUCCCUGCGAAUUAUCCAGGAGCAGUUCACACAUGAUUCGGGUUUUUCACUGCAAGUUAGAGUGUAGCCCGAUUUAUAUUCAGGGUUUUUAAAAAAAAAUCACUAUUUGUGGCGGUUUUCUGAGACAACUUUGAGUUUGCAGAAAAGCCUCCCUGGAAACUCACAGUAAAACCUGCUGUGCAUAAAAGUCCCUGAGGAGUGCAAAUUGCAGUGAUAGGAUUGGUUAACGAUUAAAAUCCAAUAAAGAAGCCAAGGGCGGACCAUGGACAGAAGCAGAAAGCCAAAAGCCAAUGGGAUUUGUUGAUUUUGUUGCUUUUUUAAAAAAAUAAUAAUAAUAAGUUAUUCCUUGUUAUAACGUUUGCCUUAAGUGUAUUUCCCUGCUGUGGAUGUUUUGACUAUUUGGUUUGGUUUGUUCUUUCCAGAAUGUUUGUUUUUAUUUUGCAUUUUUUUAAAAAUGGGAUUUUUCAUUGCCACACUA